GAGCGAUUGCAUUGGCGCUCCUUUGCAAUGUACUGGAGGCUCGGCGUUCGACUUUUGGUGCUGGAUGAGUAGCUGGCGCCGGAAGUGAGUGAGUGAGUGAGCGAGCGAGCGGCCGCGUAGCUUGACUUAGCCCGGCUCGGAGAGAGUGGCUGAGGCGGCGGCUGGCGAUGGACCUCUUGCCGGCCAACCCGCACGGGAAUGGCCUGCUGUACGCCGGCUUCAACCAGGACCAUGGUUGUUUUGCAUGUGGAAUGGAAAAUGGAUUCCGAGUCUAUAACACUGACCCACUAAAGGAGAAGGAAAAACAAGGUGAGGCGUUUCACCAGUCAGAAUUCAUGGAAGGAGGAGUUGGUCAUGUUGAAAUGCUUUUUCGAUGUAAUUACUUAGCUUUGGUUGGAGGUGGUAAAAAGCCCAAGUAUCCUCCCAAUAAAGUAAUGAUAUGGGAUGAUUUAAAGAAGAAGACUGUUAUUGAAAUUGAAUUUUCAACAGAAGUUAAAGCAGUUAAACUACGGAGAGACAGAAUUGUAGUAGUUCUGGAUUCCAUGAUUAAAGUCUUCACAUUCACUCACAAUCCUCACCAGCUACAUGUUUUUGAAACCUGCUACAACCCAAAAGGAUUAUGUGUCCUUUGUCCAAACAGCAACAAUUCCCUUCUCGCGUUUCCAGGAACACACACUGGGCAUGUGCAAAUAGUGGACCUUGCCAGCACUGAAAAGCCUCCAGUUGACAUACCUGCUCAUGAGGGAGUUCUGAGCUGUAUUGCUUUAAAUCUUCAGGGGACUCGUAUAGCCACAGCUUCAGAAAAGGGAACCUUGGUCCGAGUUUUUGACACUACCACAGGACAGCUCAUCCAAGAGUUGCGAAGGGGAUCACAAGCAGCAAACAUUUAUUGCAUUAAUUUUAAUCAAGAUGCAUCUUUAAUCUGUGUAUCAAGUGAUCAUGGGACUGUUCACAUUUUUGCUGCUGAGGACCCAAAAAGAAAUAAGCAAUCCAGUUUAGCAUCUGCAAGCUUCCUUCCGAAAUAUUUCAGUUCUAAAUGGAGCUUCUCCAAGUUUCAGGUUCCUUCAGGCUCGCCUUGUAUUUGUGCCUUUGGUACUGAGCCAAAUGCUGUUGUAGGAUUUCCAUGCCAAUGAUUGAUAUUCCAUUGGACCAGUCCAAUCUUCAGAAUCUCUAUUUUGGUGACUUAAACUUACAUUUCAGAAUGUUGCACUCCAAAAAUGUUGGUGAGGCCAGGGAAACUGAAGAAGAAAGGUAAGAUAAUAUUAAUACUUCAGUAAGAAAUGUGUUCUUUCAUUGUCCUCUUCUAAUAGAGAAAAGGAGGAACUAGGAAAGCACUCAGCAAGCACAGGUAAAGUGUAUCAUAGACUUUCUCCAGGCAAAUUAGAGAUUAGCAAUAAAUUCUGUCCAGCCAGGGACACACACACAAUCCAUGAAGGAAUCUUUUAUUUUAAAAAAAACCCAUAGUGGUUACAUCUAUGCUAUAACCAUGGAAAGAGACCUCGGACCCUGUUAUAUCUAUGCUGGCUCUCUGCAGAAGCAAUUCACCUCGAGCUACUCCACCAUCUUUUCCCACAAACACUGCACAUUCCUCCUUUUCAGGUAAUGAUUCCAUUCCUUUUUGAAUACAUUGAUCAAAUCUGCUUCCCCCACACACUCCGGUAGUACAUUCCAGAACCUAACCACUUGCUGUGAAAAGGAUUUUCCUACGAUGUCAUUGCUUCUUUUGCUGAUACUUUAAUUUGUGCCAUUUGGUACUUGAUCCUUCCAUCAAUGGGGACAUUCUUUCCUUAUUUCUUGUGUCCAAACUUCCCAUAAUCUGAUAGAAUACACCAUGAGCUUUCAUAUUCUUCAAGAACUAUUGAUGUCUCACCUUAUCAAAUACCUUCUGAAAACCAAAGUGUAGUAUUGGCUGUUGGUUCCCCUUAUCCACAGCAUGUUACCAAAUGAAUUGAUAAAAGAUGAUUUCCAUCUUUUAUGAAUUUCAUAAACCACGUUGACUCUGCUGGAUUUCUUUGAAUUUUUCCAAGUGCCUGGUCUGUAGUUUCCUAUUUUGGUUUUCCUCCCUUUAUUCUAAAAGGAAUUAAAACAUAAAUCGGUAACUAAACCAAAGUUACUAUGAUGCAGGUGUGAAAGAGGAAAAGAAGGAGAGGAAAGAGCAGAAAGGUGUGAGGGAGACAGGAAGGAGAGAUAGAAGUUUCUUAUCUGACAACAUAUGCCACACAGAAUAUCCAUUUUGUCACAUUUGGUGCUCUAUUUGCUAAAACUAGCUUAACGUUCCCACCAUUCAAAGCAUCAACACUCAGUCUUUAAUCAUUUUACUCCUCACCUCUUGUAACUCACCAAGCUCAUGAGAUCGACUUGACUCUACUUUCGAUUCUCCAACUUCCCUUCUUAAAACAUUUGCUUACUGAUACUGUUUUGUCUUGGUUCAUGCUGCUCCCUCUCUUUCAAAAAGAGCUUUCACCACCAGCUUACUUCAGCAAUGCAAACUAUUUCCUCAUAUCUAACCUUUUUCUUUCUGGAGUUCUUGAAUGCAAUGUUGUCUCCCAUAUCAAUUCCCAGAUUUGCCACAACUUCCUUUUUGAAAACCUGCAACAAGGUCUCCACCUUAUCCAGAGUCAAAAUGACCUUUAUUAAAACUCAAAAAUGACUCAUUGUAAAUAGCACUCCUACACAUUAUGACUCUUCAAACCUAUGAGGUCUUUGACGAAGUUAACCACACAUUCCUACUCCAACACUUCUCCUGUUAUCCCACAGAGAAACUGACCACUCAGUUGCACUCUUACUGAUCCAACUAUAAUUACAGCAUUUCACUCAAUGGCUUAUCUUUCCAGCCUCAUGGUGUCACCAAAUCUCUAUCCCUGGAUCCUUCCUUUUUCUCCUGUUGUGCUUGUUAACAUCAUCCAAAAAUAUCAGAAACAACUCUCAUAUGUACAUUAAUAAGGCACAAUCCUGCAUCUCUAUACAUCUCUCAAUCCCUACACUGCAUUGAUCCAGACUGCUCAUUCAACAUCCACUCAUCAUUUCUCCUUCACACAUUGAAAAAGAUUCAAGUCAAUCUCCAGCUCCUUAAUCUCAAGCUCCAUGUCCUUUCUAACAAUUAUAUCCACUCCUUGAUCACUUGUACAAACCUAACUGCAGGAGUAAUUAAAAAAUAUCUUUCACAGGAUGAGUGUUUCUGACAAGGGUGGGGGUUAUUGUCCAUUCCUAGUUACUCCUGCAUAGGUGAGCCAUCUUCUUGAACCGUGUAAAUUAUAGAUGAGAUCCAGGAUUUCAACACAGCAACAAUGAAAGAACAGCAAUAUAAUUCCAAGUCAGGAUGAUGUGUGGCUUGGAUGGCAACUAAUCCUUCUAUCACAGAAUUGUUAUGAGCAAGAGAGAUGAGGGCCCGGACCCAUGUAGUGAGACAGAUGAUGAUCCGUGCUCGCAGCACGAUGGGAGAGCAGGAAUAGCACCUUUGUAAGAAGAGUGGGUGUACAUGAAAAGGGGCGUCAGCCUCAGGAAACAGAAACCAGAGGCGGAGAGUCUCUUCAACCUGUCAGAUCUUAAGUGUGAUGUCACAGGAAAACAGGUAAGUGAUUAAUGGGUAUUUCUUCAGUAUCACUUGUGAUUGGCUAAGUGGUUUAAACCAGUUAUUGCAUCUGAAUCAGGAGUUUAAAAAAAUCUUUAAAAACAUUCAAAUUAAUUAAUUACAGGUGAUGUACUGCAGGUGGAGUUUGUGGAAACUAAGAUGCCAGUGCAAUCCAUAGUGACAUCCACAGCAAGUGUUGGCUGCUUGAGGAACUUCAGCUCAGAGUUGAUGAGCUAGAGUCUGAACUGUGGACACUGCAAAAUGUUAGUGUGGGAGGGGGGUGGAGAGUUAUCUGGGCAGAGUAUUUCAGGAGGCAGUUAUACCCCUGAGAUCAAAUGCAUCAAAUACCCUGCCAUCCCAGAAAUCAACCUGGUAAACUUUUGUUUCACUCCAUCCAUAGCCUGAAUAUCCUUCCUCAGAUAAGGAGACCAAAACUGCACACAAUACUCCAGGUGUGGUCUCACCAAGGCUCUGCAGAAUUGCAGCAAGACAUCCCUGCUUCUGUAGUCAAAUCCUUUUGCUAUGAAGGCCAAGGUAAUAGUUGCCUUCUUCCCUACCUGUUGCACCUGCAUGCUUACUUUCAGCACGUGACGUGAAGGGAUACACAAGUCCCAAUGCACCUCCCCCUUUCCCAAUCAACCACCAUUCAGAUAAUAAUCUGCCUUCUUGUUUUACUACCAAAGUAGAUAACCUCACAUUUAUCAAUAUUACACUUCAUCUGCCAUACAUUUGCCCACUUACUCAACCUGUUCAAAUCACCUUGGCAGUCAGAAAAUGACUCAUUUAUUUCUGCUGUUUGGUUUCUGUCUGCCAACCAGUUCUUUGUCCAUGUCAGUAUACGAUCCCCAAACCCACAUGCUUUCAUUUUACUUGCUAAUCUCUUGUAUGGGAUGUAAUCGUAGACAUACUGAAGUCCAAGUAAACCACAUCCACUGUUCCCCUUAUCAACUCAACUAGUUAAAUCUUUGAAAAAUUCCAGUAGAUUUGUCAAGUGUGGUUUCCCUUUUGUAAAUUCAUACCAACUCUGUCCUAUCUUGUUAUGGUUUCCCAAGUGCUCUGCUAUUAAAUCUUUUAUAAACGGACUCUAGCAUUUUUCUCUACUACCGUCAGACUAACCAGUGUAUAAUUCCCUGUUUUCUCUACUUUUUCUUUUUAGGAAGAAUAAUGGGCCUCCAAUCCACAGUAACUGUCCUGGAAUAUUGAAAGAUGACCAAUGCAUCCACCAUUCCUAAAGUCACUUCUUUAUGUUCUCUAGGAUCUAGAUGAUUGGGUUUGGUGACUUAUCGAUCUUUAAUCCCAAUUUCCCCAAUGCCAUUUACUUUGGCUCCUCCCUUUCACUAGACCCUGCAUUCCUCAGCACUUUUGGGGAAUUAUUUUGCGUCAUCCUUUGGUGAAGACAGAAGCAAAAGUAUAUCUUUGUUUAGGAUUGUAAGGGACCUACCAUUGUCAUCACUAAUCCUUUUUCUCUUCAAAUACCUAUAGAAGCUUUUACAAUCAGUUUGUAUGUUCCUGCAAGCUUACUCUCAUACCCUCCCCUUCCUGAUCAAACCCUUUGUCCUCCUUUGCUGAAAUCUAAACUGUUCCCAAUCCUCAGACAUGAGGCUUUUUUUUGGCAAUUUGCAUGCUGCUUCCUUGGAGCUAACACUGUCCAGUUUUGCUAAUUAGCCUGGGAAUAAAUGCUAACAAGUCCAGUGCCAGAGAAAAUUAAACACCAAGUAUCCAACAUAUAUUUAAUCAACAGUUAAGUAUCCACAACCUCUUGUAAGAUUCCAAUAUUAUUGUUUUAAAAGUGAAUACAUCAGUUACUCUGUGCAUUGAAAAACAUCUUAAGUCUAGCUGUAUUCUUAUAAGCACACAUUGCAUAAGUCUCCCUUUAAAACAAAUAAAUAAUACAUUCUGCAGUGGCUUAAAAUGCCUGCUUAGUCCCACUGCUAUAUAGUGGGAAAGAACACAAAUUUGGCAGAGAAAUAAACUAACAAUAUGCAAAAACUUUUCCCCUAAAUUUACUAUGGAAAUAAAAUUAAGUUUGCCAAAAAUGACAAGAACUGUUAUUCAAGUGAAACUACAUUCAGCUUUGCAAGAGGAAGUGAAUUGAUCAGAGCUGCGCUCCCCCGCUCCCUUUUUCUGGGGAGAAUCCAUCAAUUUAUUUAGCUAGAAGGUUGUUGAGUUGAAACAGUAAGGGUAUUCAAUUGAAUUAUCACAAUCCUAAGGUUAAAAAAGGUGUACCUAUUUACUAACAUGCAUUGGUAGCUCAUUUAUUCCAGUGUUCAGAAAAAGUCAUACUCAAUCAAGUAUUUCUCUCAGAAAUCUCCUAUUGACAGUACAAACCAAAAUAUUGGACUGACUUUUCCUAUUGAUAUUAAUGUCCUGUAUUAAUAUUGGUUAACUAGACAUUUUGUAAUGAAUUUAAAUAUGAAGAAUUAAUAAUAAAAAGAUUUUAACAGCA